AGCAAUGUUGUGAAAUAUAUUUUUCACAAUAAUUUUGAAUGUUUGAUUAUUUACAUAUUAUCAAAUGCAAAUAUGCACAUGUUGCUAAUUGCGAAGUUUCUAUAUAUAAAUAAGCAUAAAAUGAUUUUAUAGAAACUACUCUGGAAAAUUAUCAUAUAGCCAGCUCAUAUGUGACAGAAUAUAUAAUUUUAAUGUUCAAAUGUUUUCAUAAAUUUGCACAUGCGAAAAUCGGUUUAGUUUUUAUACAUUAAAAAACAUCUAUUAUGGAUACAGCAAGAUUUUUAGAAGAAUGUUUUCAAUGCAAUAUGGCUUACAGAUACAAGAAUUUUGAAAAUUAAGCUCAAAUUCUUUGUCCAAAUUCUGUUGAAUUAUAAAUUACAGCAAAAUGGAGAAAAUACGCUUAAAUAUAGAGAAUUUGUUAUUGCUGUUUACUGUUAUUUUAGUUUCAUCUUAUAAAGGUGAAUGUAACCAACAAUACUUCAGGGUAAAACCACAGGAUACAGAAAUCAUAGAAGGCCAGUCAUCAGAUCUGCAAUGUCACAUUGGCAAUCAAGUUGGAGCCGUUCAAUGGAGUAAAGAUGGAUUUGUUCUAGGUUUUCAUAAAGAUAUUCCUGGUUAUCCUCGAUACAGUAUGGUGGUAGAUGAUAAAAGAGGUGUUUACAAUUUACGAUUAAGAGGCGUUCAACUGGAGGAUGAAGGAGAGUACCAGUGCCAAGUGGGACCAGCGAAAGAUAACCAUCCCAUCAGAGCAGCAGCUCGCGUGUCCAUCUUAGUCCCUCCCAAGUCACUCGAGAUCCAAAACCACGUGAACGGAAGUACUCUGGAAGUUCGAGAAGCCGAAAGAAUAGCACUCACUUGCAUAGCCAGGCACAGUAAACCAGCUGCAAAAUUGAAGUGGUAUCGAAACGGGGUUCUGUUGCAAGGAGGAUCUUAUCACCCCAGAGAAGAAACAACUGGUGCUAAAAUACAUACGACCUUGAGUACCAUAACCAUUUAUGUUAUCAUGGAUGAUAAUGGAGCUACAUAUUCAUGCGAAGCGAUACAUCGAGCUUUAACCUAUUCUUUAAAAUCCAAGAUAACUAUAAAUGUAUUGUAUCCACCAGGAAUACCAGAAAUUGAAGGGUAUCAGGAAGCUGAUAUUGUCCAAGUUGGUGAUACGUUAACUUUGGCCUGUAUAACAAGAGGUGGUAAUCCACAAGCCGAAUUAAUAUGGUACAGAGACAACGUACAAGUUGAUAUGUCUUAUAGUACCAGUGGUAGAGAAGUUACAAAUAUCCACACAUUCACUGUGGAUGAAACUGACAACAACGCCAUUUACCGUUGUGAAGCCUCAAAUUCCGUGACUUACCAUCCGAAAAUUGCCAAUGUAAAACUAAGCGUACAAUUUGCACCAACAAAAAUAACGAUAGUGGGGCCAACAGAAGGCACAGUGGGAAAUGUCAUCACGAUGUCAUGUUCGGCUGGUCCGAGCAAUCCUGCAUCGAAACUUGUAUGGCUAGUAGAUGGACAGUAUCCUUCCGCGACAACAUCUGAAGUUGAAGUCUCAAAACGGGGAUGGCUUACUACGUCAAACAUUACAGUUACACUCACCAGGCAGGAUCCAGACAAUAAAACCUUCUCGUGUCACGCAGAAAGUGAAGCUUUGAAGGAAACUAUCAAAGAAACUGUCUAUUUUAGCGUCGUCUAUCCUCCAAGUCCACCUUCGAUCGUCGGGUAUGAAGAAGGCACUCCCAUUAAAUCUGGCGAUUUUCAGAGGUUCACCUGUGUUGCCAUUGGAGGAAAUCCACUUGCAACUUUGCGAUGGUUUAAAAGGGAUCGAGAGAUUAGAGCAAUAACAAGUAUCAGUGGAAGUGGAGUGUUCAGCGAGCUUGUUUUGAGAGUUGAUGCCAGUGACAACGGUGCAGUUUAUAGAUGUGAAGCUACUAAUUCAGCCACAGAGAGACCCUUGAUAGCAAACAUUAAACUGACAGUUUACUUUCCCCCUUCCUCUGUUACUAUGAAAAUAACCCCAAAGAAGCCUAGGAGUGGUGAUUUAGUUAGUAUACUGUGUGAUUCAGGAAGCAGCAAUCCAGAAUCAACUCUUCACUGGUGGCGAAAUGGUGAGGUGUAUUCUGGGUACAACAGUGAGGUAACCGACUCGACGAAUGGUGGCAAAUCAACGCACAGUAGACUGGAUUUAAAUGUUUACGCAAAAGAUGACGAAGCAGUUUUCACGUGCCAAGCAACCAAUCAAGUGCUUCAGAGAAGCGUCCAUGAAAGCGUCACGCUUCGAGUAUUUUAUAAACCAGAAUUCCUGGUAGCAAGCCUGGAGAAAUUUGACGUCAUCGAGGGAGAAACGUUGAUCGUUAAUUUGACGGCCAGAGCUCAUCCCGGUGUGAUCACUUAUACUUGGAAGAAAGGUUUGGUAUCCCCCAUCCCCCCAACUCCAAUCAGGGGGGAGGGAGGCAAGAUCAAUCUCCGAGUCACUUCCAGAGGACCCCUGCUGGAAAUCAAGGACUCCCGAAGGGAAGAUGCUGGACAAUACGAAUGUGAAGCAACCAAUUCUGAAGGCACAGGCCAAACCAUCAUAGUCGUUAACGUUCUAUAUCCAGCAGCCGUGACAACAGUAACAAGGAGUGCAGCUCUUGGUGAAGGGGAAGACGCAUCUUUUGAAUGUGCAGCCAUUGGGAAUCCCAUGCGAAGCGAUGUCAUUAAAUGGCGACGUGAAGGAUUUGACAUGGGUCACAGGACACAAGAAAAACUAGAAUGGGGACGAGCUUAUCUUGUAGUACUUAACGUGUCCAGACAAGAUGCAGGUGUUUUCGAAUGUGCUGCUUAUAAUGGAAUUGGGACAGAAUCUGUGGCGAAAGCUCAAUUGAUUGUUAAGUUUAAACCUGAAAUCUAUCUUCCAAAACGUCUCCAGAAAGUUGCUUCUGAAAGAGGUGAAACUUCUCUUCUUCGAUGUAUGGCAGUCGGUGCACCAAUGGUCAGAUUUUCUUGGUCCAACGAGACUGGCAUCAACAUCACUGAAUCACCGUCUGGUAAUAAAUAUUCGACGAGAACAUCCCAGAUCGAUGCGGUCACAUGGGAGAGUGUUCUCUAUGUAAACAAUGUGAACGAAGAGGACUUUGGACGAUACACAUGCAGGGGCACGAAUGAAAUGGGAAGCGAUUAUUUACACGUCAUCCUGAAGAGUCGAGGCAAACCCGAUACGCCGGAAGAAUUUCAAGCUCAAAAUGUUACAUCCGAUCGAGUGUUACUGAGCUGGUCGCCAGGAUUUGACGGAGGCUCUCCACAGUUUUUUCGAAUCCGAUACUCGAUAAGAGGCUCAGAAGAAGUUACCACUGUAGACGUUUUACCAACUAAUGCAACAACGUUCAUGGUGAUGGGACUUGAACCUGGUACCGAAUAUUCAUUUCAAUUAAUGGCCUGGAAUAUAUAUGGAGAAAGCGAUUACACGGAAAAUGAAGUUUUUGCGCAUACCACGGUACCCCGACGUCUUCCAAGCACCGCCGUGGAUGCAUUAGCAAAAAAUACUGAUGAUGUACCUGUGUUUUUGCUUGUAAUAAUUUGUGUUUCCGGUACGCUUUUAAUUUUAAUUAAUGGCGCCAUAGUUGCGUGCUACAUGCAACGAAAAAAGAAAAGGCAAACUCAAGGGUAUCAAGUUUCUGAAGGUAAAGGUCCACCUCCAGAUUCUAGUAUGUAUAGUAGAGAUAAAUAUCAUGACACAAUUAAUGGUGAAGCUUUGAGAAGUCCUUUAAAUGAAUGUGACGAUACAUUCCAUGAAGAAAUAUUAAUGAAAGAAAUUAUGAAGCAAGAUUCAGAGCCUGGAAAAAGUUCGAAAAUUGGACCGAAAGUUCCUCCAAGAACUCAUAAUCAAAGAUGGCACAACUCAGCAGAAAACAGCUGUCCAGAUAUAUUAAAAAAUGGACACAGCUAUGUAAAAGAAGACUGCAACUCAACUUCUUCGGACAAUGACAUCACAGAUCUCAGACGAAAUUCAUUGCUCAAUGAAGGUAUACCAAGAUCUGAUACAGCACUUUUCAUCCCACCCCCACCUUUAGUAACAGAAGAGCCCCUGAUAAAACCAGGUGGCGCCACGGUGGCCUUAGGUGUGUCUGCAGUCGAUUUGACUUCAGGAAAGACAAAAACAAUUGUUCUUCAUACUCCACACUUGCAUCACGAAGGAACUGCAAAUCAGCCAUCUUUGGUAACACUCGAUGGCCAUUUUUUAUGACUCAAUAGAAAAUACUGCGCAUUCUUAUGACUCUCAACAAACAAACAAAAAUACUGCGAGUUCCUAGCAGUGUUUUUCUCUUCAACUUUCUUACUCCGUGAGUGCCCGAUGAAAUUUUCCUGCUCACACAAUUUUCGUGACGUAAUGUGUUUUGUUGCUUGAAGCGUUGAACCACGUAUCGUUCUCUAUACUUUAAACCAUAACUUAUUUGAAAGUGCAUCGUACUUUUUUUUACUGUGGAAGACAAAAUAAUGGUGAUUCAUUGUUUAAAUAGUUAAAACUUUACAGUUAAUAAAGUUGCGAGAAGAUUCAUGAAGCAAAGUUGAAGAAAGAAGUGAGCGGAGUAUUACGAAAUCUUCAAACUGGCAAUAAGUUUUAAAAAAUUGGAGAUUUCUAUCCCCUGGUGUGGAAAUAUGGAAAAUGUUGGUAUUACUAGAAAAUAAUGUGUUAAUUAAUGCAAAGUAAAAUAAUCAGCAAAACAGUUUCGUAAAACUUUUUUUUUUCAAAAAUAGGGAAUAAAUUUAAUGCAUUUACAUACGUUUUAUUUACAUCGCCAAUACUAACAAUCAAAUUUUUCCCCUGAAGAAUUAUUUUAUUUUGUAUUAUAAUCACUUUAUUGAUGAAAAUAUCGGAAGAAACUUUUUCACAAAUUUAGACAUAUCAGCUUUUGAAAAUUCAGAAACAACAGUAAAAUGUCCUAUUAUUUAUCAUUCACUUAAUUUUUACCAUUUUUUUACCAUUUAAUUAACAAUAUUAAAAAAUUAAGCUCCAUACAUACAGUUAGUUGAACAUGACCUGUUUUGACCUUAAUAUUUUGUUGUUUUUUUUUUCAAAAUGUUGCAAGAUACUUUCUUUGACUAAAAUCUUGAGUUUAACAAUCCAACAUUUAUGUUUUAAUCGCAAAUUAUAAUUGUAAAAUAUUUCAAAC